UAUCUGUAAUUCAAAAUGACUGCUUAAGGAAAAGAACGUACAAAGGAAAAUUACAUUAUUGGCUAACCAAAUCUGGAACACUUUUUAACUUUUGUCUUUAGCUAUACCAGAAACAAUACUUAAAUUGAACUCUUUUCUCGCCAACAUGGUUAAAGGUUCGAAUCUAUGCACCUUUUGACUCGCAAUUUCCAUCCUUGUUCAAAAGUCCCAAAGCUUAAUCCUUUAAAGAAGCCUUUGUGCAUCACAGUCUUCAUAUAUACUUUGCUUUGUUAAAAAGCAAUGAAGACGCGGCAGGGCAACCUUCAUUUUCUAUGCAGACGGUCUAUAUAACAAAGCAAGAAUUACUUGCGAUGUCUCCCAAAAGGCAUUCUUUUCGUCACAUGCCAAUACGCCAAAUACGUGCAAGUUUGCUUCUAUCCAUACAAGCAAACAAGUUUCGUGCAUAUAUUUUUCAUCCAAUAAACAACAGAUUAAGAGACAAAUUUAGGGACAAAUCUACCAUUUCAAAUUUCGAGCCUUCAAGAAAAAUAUGUCAUUGAGUCCUCCAGGUGGAACAGACAAUGGUAGGAGAAACGAUCAAUUAUAUUGGUGUUACCAGUGUCAUCAAGGAGUCAGGGUUGCCUCCGAUAAUCCAUCUGACAUCGUCUGUCCUCAAUGUUUCGGCCAAGUUCUUGUUGAAAUAGACAUGGCCAGGCCUGUUCAUGAUUUCACUGCAUUUGAUCCCUCCCCAGAAGCUCGAUGGGUCGAAGUACUCUCAAUAAUGUUCCAUCCUCUACUUAGAACCCGAAAUGUUAGAUUCCGGGAGAGAGAGAACAGAUUCCCUGAUGGAGAACUUGUCAAUAUUCCAAGACAGAGAGAUCGUGGCAGUCGAGGCUGGUUUUGGCAGAGAAGGCGUGGUGGGGUAUUGCGUGAUAAUGAGAAUGAUGAUUGGGGACGUGAGAGUGGCAUCCUAGCCCGACCUCGAACCUUGUUUAUUAUCAGGCCAGUAGGGCCUUCCCCAACUCGACAGGAUCAUGGAGAAGAAGCUGGAUUAUUCCCCACAGGAAUUGAUGCAAGAAACUAUUUCCUCGGUCCAGGACUUGAACAACUGAUUGAACAACUGACUCAAAACGAUCGCCCUGGCCCUCCACCACUGCCUGACUCAGUGAUUGAUUCGAUUCCAACGGUAAAACUAACAUCAUCCCAUUUGAUCAAUGAGUCAGAAUGCCCUGUUUGCAAGGAGAAGUUCGAUAUUGGUGAUGAAGCCAGAGAGCUGCCCUGCAACCAUAUUUACCAUUCUGAUUGCAUUGUACCUUGGUUAAGGCUUCAUAAUUCUUGUCCAGUUUGCCGGCAUGGGCUGCCUGUGCCGAGUGAUCAGAGCAGACUUGCAGAAAAUGAUCAAGAGUCUGAGGCUCAUGACUCUCCUAAUGGAAGAGGAACCAGCAGGAGCCAGCGAUGCCUGAGGUUGAGGCAGCAGUUGGCUUCAAUUUGGCCCUUCCGAUCAAUACAUCGAAACAUUCAUCGACAAAACGAUGAAAGUAGUUCGUCACAAGGAGGUCAGCAUUGAACAGAGCAGCUCAGUCAUGGCGCCACUCUUGCUACAUUCUUUAGAUCAAAUGCCAGUUGAUUUUUAUCCUCUUGGUGUUUACCUUGAAACAUGGGUUCUUCUUUCUACUCCACUAUUAUUAUUGAAAUAAAGAAAAGGGAAAGAAACAAAUCUCUAUGA